GGGCAGACGCGCUAUUUGAGGAUUGGGUUCCUAUCCCGCGUCCCGCCGAGGCGGCGACGCGCUGGCCCACCGCCGCUGGACGUUGCAACCGUAUCUCGACUCAAAAUGAACUAUAUGCCAGGCACCGCCAGCCUCAUCGAGGACAUCGACAAAAAGCAUUUGGUCCUGCUUCGAGAUGGAAGGACACUCAUAGGCUUUUUAAGAAGCAUUGAUCAGUUUGCUAACUUAGUGCUACAUCAGACUGUGGAGCGUAUUCAUGUGGGCAAAAAGUACGGUGAUAUUCCUCGAGGGAUUUUUGUGGUCAGAGGAGAAAAUGUGGUCCUACUAGGAGAAAUAGACUUGGAAAAGGAGAGCGACACACCCCUGCAGCAAGUGUCUAUUGAAGAGAUCCUAGAAGAACAGAGGGUAGAGCAGCAGACCAAGCUGGAAGCAGAAAAGCUGAAAGUUCAAGCCCUUAAAGAUCGGGGUCUCUCCAUUCCUCGAGCAGACACCCUUGAUGAGUAUUAAGUCCUUUGCUCAGAGACUGUUGCUCUUAUAGAGCAGGGACUAUCACUGGAUGAAAGCGACAUCCUGGUCACCUCACACAUUUGACCAGAGACUGUAAAUAUGAAAAAUCUUUUUUAUUUUAAAUUCUUUCACAUAUGUAAUAUGAAGAAAUCAUGAGAUUUUGUUUUGUUUAAAUAACAAAAUCAUUUAAAGAAACAGUGGCAUGGACUCCUUUCACAUACAUGGCACUGCAGAGCUAGCAGCUAUGUCUUCAUAUUGCUUUUCUUAUUCAGAAUUAAGUUUACAGUUUUCAUUUACUUGUAAAUAAAAUAUGAAUCU